AUGGCCUACCAGUCAGCCGGCCCAGUCCCUCGCCGGCGAAGCUUCCCACUCCCAUACGGCUUCGCCCACGGAGUCAAGCGCUGGCCCUCCUCCCCCCUCCGCCGCAAACACGCCAACUCUUCGCACGAAUCCUUCUCUCCUCGAUCCACUCCUCCUCCUCCGCCGCCGCCGCCUCCAACAUUUCUGCUGGGAGGGAUCCCGCCUCGUGUGCGCCGCGGGCAACUUUGCGGGGCGGAGUUUGGCAGGCCUAGUCUCCCGCCAGGAGGCGCAAAUUCGGGUCAGCGUCGCGUGGUUCCGAAGGCCGACCGGUUGAUUUGAAUCCGGGGGGCACGGAUUGGCUGCGUGAGACGUGAGAGGGCGGGCUCGAUUUUGCGGGCGCGCCGGGGAGGGUACGGAGUAGCUUGCUGGGGUCAGGCGGCGCGCGGAGGCAGUAGGUGCUUGGCUGGGCUGCGUUGCGUUGAUGGCGGGAUCUGUCGGCGUGGGCAGGGCGGCGCCGCGGUCGUCACCGAAGCGGUACGCGGGCACCGACCCGCCGUUGUCUCUUGCCGGGCCGACGAUGGCGGAUCUCCAGAGGACGGCCGAGCUGGAGAAGUUCUUGGUUGAAGCAGGACUUUACGAAGGAAAGGAGGAGUCUGCGAAGAGGGAAGAGGUGCUGUCCGAGAUUGGUCAGAUAGUCAAGGAAUGGGUGAAGCACUUGACUCGUAAGAAAGGAUAUGCUGAGCAAUUGGUUGAACGAGCAAAUGCAGUCCUUUUCACUUUUGGGUCUUACAGAUUGGGGGUUCAUGGACCUGGAGCUGAUAUUGAUACCCUUUGUGUUGGACCUUCAUAUGUGAACCGAGAGGAGGAUUUCUUUGUCACACUGCAUGGGAUAUUAGCAGAAAAGGAAGAAGUGACUGAGUUGCAACCUGUACCUGAAGCUCAUGUACCUGUUUUGAAAUUUAAGUUUCGUGGGAUAUCAAUUGACCUUCUCUAUGCUAGCCUCUCUCUUUCAGUAAUACCAGCAGAUUUUGAUAUUUCUCAAGGAUCUGUGCUUUGUGAUGUUGAUGAAGCAACUGUUCGAAGUCUUAAUGGGUGCAGAGUGGCAGAUCAGAUUCUUCGGCUUGUUCCAAAUGCUGAGAACUUCCGGACAACACUCAGAUGCUUGAAGUACUGGGCAAAGAGAAGGGGUGUUUAUUCUAAUAUUACUGGUUUCCUUGGAGGUGUCAACUGGGCUCUGCUGGUUGCUCGUGUCUGCCAACUCUAUCCUAAUGCCGUGCCAAGUAUGCUGGUUUCUAGAUUCUUCAGAGUUUUUACCCAGUGGCAAUGGCCAAAUCCAGUAAUGCUAUGUGCGAUUGAGAAUGAUGAUCUUGGUUUUUCUAUAUGGGAUCCACGCAAAAAUCCUCGUGAUAGAAACCAUCUAAUGCCCAUCAUCACUCCAGCCUAUCCAUGCAUGAACUCUAGCUACAAUGUUUCAACCAGCACACUGAGGGUUAUAAUGGAGCAAUUUCAGUUUGGCAACAAAAUUUGUCAGGAAAUUGACCUUAAUAAGGCCAAUUGGAGUGCUUUAUUUGAGCCUUUCCAUUUCUUUGAGGCAUAUAGAAAGUUUCUAGUGGUUGACAUAGUUGCGGAUGAUGAUGAUGAUCUUCGGCUUUGGAAGGGAUGGGUUGAGUCUCGUUUGAGACAACUUACUUUAAAGAUUGAGCGGGAUACUAAAGGAAUUCUGCAGUGCCAUCCUUACCCAUGUGAGUAUUCAGAUCCCGCAAUAGAAUGCGCACAUUGUGCAUUCUACAUGGGCUUAUCAAGGAAAGAGGGGUUGAAAAAACGUGGUCAACAAUUUGACAUCCGUGGGACAGUAGAUGAAUUUAUGCGUGAAAUUGGCAUGUAUUCAUUGUGGAAGCCUGGGAUGGAUCUGGCUGUCACCCAUGUCCGUAGGGAGCAGGUCCCAUCUUAUGUAUUUCAGCAAGGAUACAAGAAACCCUCUCCUAGGAUGCAUGCAAACCAACAGGAGCAGUCUGAUGGAGAUGGCACACUGAGUCCAGAUCUGGUGGGUCAACUUAAGAGAAAGUAUGAUUCUGAUGGAGAUGGCCUUGCGGAACUUCGCAAAUCUGUUAAAAGGGCUUCAGUAAGCCCACCUGGUGAUGAAACCCCACCUCAUCAUGGAAAUAGUGUCAGUCAGGUCCUAUGUGACAGUCCAGUGAAAUUAGUUUCCAGUGCACUUUGCAGCGGGGCUCUGACUUCUCCGUCACAUGAUGAUGUAACUUUUGAACCAACUGCAUUAACUAGUUCACCACAUGGAUCUGAGGAUACCUCAGCAUCAGGCACAAGCUGUGCAGCAGUGGAAGCGGUUGUUUUGGCUGAUGAAUCUAGUAAGCUUGUUAACCUGACAUGUGAUGUUGAAGUUGACACAGUUCAGACGAUGGAUGUGCACACAACUUCAGAAUGCGUGGCUCAGAAGAAUGGGACAAAGGUUGAGGGAAUCAGAAGCUUGGCGAGCAGCAAUUGUGCUGAGUUUCUAGAGAGGGAAGUUCUUUCUGAGAACAUGCACUUGAGUGGAGAUGAAGUGAUUUGAAUCGGCGUUUCAGAGGUUUUACUUUCUAUAUUUCAUCCUAUCUAAUUAAAUUCUCUCUUUUCUUUUUCAUUUUUUAACUGUUCUGAUCUGCAAAGUCGACGAAACAUGUGAUUCAAGUGGUUUUGAAAGGUGAUGCAGGUCAGAAAUUUUAUAGAGCUCAAGAGGCCAGAAAGCGUAACCGAGGCAUGUAUAGGAUACUAACUCUUCUGCCUUAAGCAUAAAGAAUGCUCUAUUAUGUUUAUGCCGUGCCUUUUCUGUUCCUGUUUCUUGAUGACAGGACUUCACUCAUUUGCUGUCAACACUACAAGAAGGGACCAAUGACUGCUGGCUGCUGGAUGGAAGUUGAGUUUGACGCCUGUGGUCGGUAAGUUUGGUUGAAGAUUGCUUUUGCUCGCUGAAGAAGCUGGUGUAAAUCUUACAGCAGCUAUAACUGGGAAAAGUGAUGCAAGUUAUGAGAAUGAUGAAAGAUGAGACACCACAUCUGAGAACCAUGGACAUGCGUGUGCAUCACACUAAACAAGGAACCAUUCAAGUAAAAUGGGGUCUCACACUCGAACCGUACUCGGAGACGUUAAUAGUCUAUAGGUACUCCAGUUGUUUAUGCACAAAUCAUGUGGUUAUUUAGCCAUGUACGCCAAGUACCUAUAAAAAAUUCAAUGAAAUGCAUGAAGUUUUGGGCCUUUUGGCAUACUC